CGUCCACAGCAUCACUGUUUUGUUUGUUAUAAUGUGAUCGCUUUCGUGUUUUGGUGAUAAAAAGGUGAAAAUAUUUGAAACAUGACGCGUGCAGCGAGUAACUUACUAUUCUAUUCAUUUACUAUGGUAAAGCAGUCAGGCGCUGCACUAAGACACCUAAAGCAGCGCCGUUGAUGUGCUUUAUCUCUUCCGCGUUGGCGAACGUGCAGGUGCUGUGUGUAUUUCUCCACGUCACUCGCGUCCGUGUGAAAUAAUCGGAGGCACCAUAAGCUUCAGUUCAUAGGUGAGCACUUACUGCACAGCUAUGUCAUUGCUGGACUCUGAUGACAGCUACGAUCUAGUCUUCAAAAUAGUUCUUGUUGGAGAUGUCGGUGUUGGCAAAACUUGUGUGGUUCAGCGGUUCAAGACCGGUAUAUUCAUCGAAAAACAAGGGAACACGAUCGGUGUGGAUUUUACCAUGAAGACACUGGAAAUCCAUGGCAAGAGGGUUAAGUUACAGAUUUGGGAUACAGCCGGGCAGGAGCGGUUUCGCACAAUCACACAGAGUUACUACCGCAGCGCCAAUGGUGCCAUCAUCACUUAUGACAUCACAAAGAGAGCCUCUUUCAUGUCUGUGCCAAAGUGGAUGGAGGAUGUGAAGAAAUAUGGCGGUUCCAACAUUGUUCCUCUUUUAAUUGGUAAUAAAUCAGACUUGACCGACUUGCGUGAAGUUCCAUUUGAGGAUGCACAGACCAUGGCUCAUCAGCUGGAUUUUGUUAGUGCCAUCGAGACUUCAGCCAAGGACUCUAGCAAUGUAGAAGAGGCAUUUAACAAAAUGGCCAGUGAGCUCAUUCUCAGACAUGGCGGGCCCAUGUUCACUGAAAAUGUAACCGACAGCUUUAAACUCAACAGCAAGGAUGUAACCAAUGAGGGCUGGGCAUGUGGGUGUUGAUGACAGUUAUUUUUUUUUUUUUUU